GGAACCUAAUCCAUAUUGUAUUUAGAAUAUGGGCUACUUUGCAGUACUUCGGAAAUUAGACUGCGUGACCAACUCGAUGUAUAUAACCGAUGCGAACUGCAAUCUGAUACAACCUCGAAAUAAAAGUUUUAACGCAGCCUUGAAGCUCGAAAGGAAGAUCACAUUAUUAAUUGGAUAUCUUGAAGUAUCCAUACCGAAACCAGGAAAGAAAAAGUAUCAGAAAAUAUUUGACGUCACAUUUGAGUUGUGCAAGGUGCUGCGCGAGCGCAAAAGGAAGACACUAAUUGAGAUACUCAAUAGUAUGACUUGUUUGGGUAAUAGAGUCAUUCAGUGCCCAAUAAACCCGGGCUUUUAUCAAGCGAAGAAUAUCACGGUUGUGGAGUCUUUGCCACCGCUUCUCACCGAGUCCGAUUUUCUUAUACGUUUUAAUUGGUAUUUGCCGAGGGCUACAAUGAUCAUGAAUAUCACCGUUCUUGGCCGUUUAUAUGAAAUAUCCAAAGAGAACGCUAGAAAGCGAAAAUAUUUUUAA